AUGGGCUGGCUCGAUCAGGUUCCUCGCGCGGGCAAGUUGUACAUAGGCGGCUUGCACGCUCUCUACCAAAGGCCGGAUCUUUUCAAGGAAGCCGGCAUCACGCACAUUGUCUCCGUCAUCGACUUCAACAUCUACGAAGCGGGAGCCUUCAAGCAGUACGAGCGCCUGCACAUCCGGCUCGACGAUCACCCCAACGAAAACCUCCUCGAGUACUUCAAUGAGACGUCCCAGUACAUCGACGAUGCGCUGAGCGGCGGCGGCGGAGUCUUUGUCCACUGUGCCAUGGGGAAGUCAAGGUCUGCUGCUGUGUGUUGUGCAUAUUUGAUGAAGAAGUAUGCUGUUUCGCCAGACCAGGCACUGAGCCAAAUAUGCGAAGGCCGUCCCGUUUGUUCUCCAAACGUUGGAUUCAUGGAGCAGCUUGGUAUCUAUGAUAAGAUGAAUCGAGCAAGUACGGCGGAGGAAUCCGAACAUAUCUAUCAGACUUGGCUCAAGGACCGCUUCACUGGUGACGUUGGGCAUUGGGAGAGACGAUUAUCUAAAUUAUGA